AUGACGACCAAAGAGCAUAUUGAGAAGCUCGGGGACGAGAAUGACACCAAGCAUCUCGAAAGCGCCGUUUCUGACACCAAGGCUGGUCAGGUAGCCUUGAAAUCAGAGACCGACAGCUUGGGAGCAUGGGCUACGGUCAAGAAGUUCCGAAAGGCCGUUCUAGUUUGCAAUCUCCUCUGUAUUGCCGCCGCCGCCGAUGGAUACCAGAUCAACCUCAAUGGAAACAUCAUUGCCAACCAAGGCUUCAUUAACCAUGUUGGUUUCGUCACAGACAGUGGCGAUAUUCACCUCAAGGCAAACUACACUGCCCUUUGGGGAGCUAUGCAGUCCUUGGGACAGUUGGUGGGAAUGGUCCUGAUGAAUCCAAUAUCUGAUAUUAUUGGUCGCAAAAUGACCAUGUACGCUCUCUGGAUCGUCCUCGCAGCGUCUCUAAUCCUCGAGACGGUAGUCCGCGACUGGAGAGACUGGGCCGGUGCUAAGAUUCUCGCCGGAAUCGGCAUCGGUGCCAUUCAAGCAACGCUGCCAAUCUAUAUAACAGAAUGGUCUCCUGUAAACAUCAGAGGAGCUAUGAUUGUUACAUAUGGAUUCUGGAAUGUCAUUGGCAAGUUUCUCGCCAACCUUGUACUCAUGUUGGUCCAAGAAACAAACCCUGAGAACUACAAGGUCCCUAUCCUUACUCAGUGGGGGUUCUUGGGCAUUAUGUUGCCGAUUUUUCUCUGGCUACCUGAAACCCCUGCCUACUACGCAGAAAGAGACAUGGACGAUGAAGGCAAGAAAACACUCGAGCGAAUCAACGGCAACGUCGAGGCAUACGAUAUCGAACUCGAAUAUUCCAUCAUAAAGAACACGAUCCUCGAGGAGAAGCAGCUCCAGAGGGAGCUCGGACAGGACAACAUGACGUUCAAGGACCUUAUCCGGUCCUAUGUUGAGUGCUUUCAACGCGCCAACAUCCGCCGCACCAUUGGAGCCGCCCUUCCAGGCUGUGCUCAACAACUCGCUGGGCUAUCGUUUCUCAACACCUAUGCCAGUCUCUUCUUUAAGCAAAGUGGAUUUAAUAAUGCCUUUCUUAUCACCACCAUCAUGUGCUCUAUCCAGCUUUUCACUGCCAUCUGUCUCAUUUUCAUGACAGACAGGUUCGGCCGUCGGAACAUGGUCUUCACUGCCGUCAUUGUAUGCACAGGCACACUUCUCGUUGUGGGCACCCUGGCAUUUGUAGACAAGACGAAGCCAGUUCAGAACUUUCUCAUCUUUGUUGCUUGCGUCUGGGCUUUUGCCAAUGCCACCAUUGGUAACCUCGGGUUUGCCUUUGUUGGAGAGGUUGCGUCACAGAGACUCCGUGCUAGGACGGCUGGUAUCGCUUCCGGUCUCUCUGUCGUGUUCGGUCUGACUUUCAACACAUCCCUUCCCAUCAUUUUGGAUGUUGAUGGCGUCGACUGGGGAUAUAAGACGGCUUGGUUAUUCUUUGGGACUGGGGUUGUUGUCUGCAUCCUGCUCUACUUCUUCCUCCCGGAAUGUUCUCGCCGCAAUGCUGCCGAGGUCGAUGAGAUGUAUGCCAAAGGUGUUCCGGCGUGGAAGAUGGGCAAAUAUGUCACCGAGAUUCAGACCCUCCAUCAAGUUAGUCACUAG